GAUAUUUUUAGUGUUGGGGUGAGGGGGAUUGCAGACCAGUGGGAGCAGCUGCAAAGGCCCUCACACCCUCAACACCCUUCUUCCAAAAUGCACCUCUCUCUCCCAGGAUUCCGGACAAUGCCGGUGUCUGACGCACACGCUAGUCAUUUUUCUUGUCAAAGGACAGGGACAGAAGGAGGACAAGAACACUGACCACUUAUUUAACUUCCAUGUGAAGAGCAGAAAAGCAGCGAAUCUUUUACUACAAGGGAAGCAGUCACUUAAAGGGUCAUAACGUCAGUGGAAUUAGAAUCUAUCAGCCUCAGAAGGCUGUAAAGGCUGCCAGGCUGUAAAGAAAACAUCCUUGCAAACCAGGUUAGAUCCAAUAUCCUCCUUCAGCAACUAAAGGGUGGCAUCAUGGACAUUUUUGGAGGCGCUCCUCGUGUUUUGGGCUACCCGCGGCCUGUUGUAGUACAAUGCGGGGCUGAGGCCACUCUCAAAUGCCAAAUUGGUGGAGACCCUCAUCCUGACGUGAUCUGGGAGCACAAAAACAUUCAGAUUGUCACUGGAGGACGCUACAAGCUUUUCGAAGAGGAACCGUUCUUCCUGUUGAGCAUCAGCGAUGUGAAUGAGAUGGAUGCCGGUCAAUACGUCUGUAAAGCCAGAAACAGUGUAGGUGAAACCUAUGCUGCAGCCUCCCUGAAAGUGGAGAAAAAUGGCCAGCAAUUUGAAGCAAAUGGUGUCAAGCAGCAAGGGACAGAGAAUGGGCAUGGAAAUGAGGACAGAACAUUACAGAAUGGAAACCACAUGGAAGAGAAUGGAACACAUACGUUUGAACAGGAGAUUGACUUAACAUCCAAUGACAAACCAAGGUUCCUUAUCAAGCCUCUAUCAUUGCAAGUGAACAGAGGAGAGGACGCUGCCUUCUCUUGCAAGGUUUGGGGCACGCCUUUGCCAGAGGUAGUAUGGGAAAAAGACGGCAAGAAACUCAAUGAAAUCUUUGAGAGCUCUCACUUCUCCAUUAGUGUUCAAGACGGAGGAUGGUUCCAGCUUAAGAUUUAUCGAACUCGUGCACCUGACAAAGGAGUUUACACCUGCAAAGCCCUAAACUGUAAUGGGGAGGCCAUGGCUGGUGCUUUCCUUCUUGUUGAACCUGUACCAGAGAGGCACGACAGCAUGAAAUCCAGCCUGUGGUCACCAAAGGAAAGAGGGAGUAAACUUGGUUUGCCAAGGCUCAAGGAGGAGCCACAGGUCAAUACCUCACAGGUAAAGAAGUUUGUGGUGGCAGAGGGGAAACACGCCAAGUUCCGCUGCUCUGUCACAGGAAAGCCAAAGCCAGAGAUCAUAUGGAAGAAAGACGGAGAACACCUUGAGGCCGGCAGGCGGCACCUCAUAUUUGAGGACAGAGAAGGUUAUUACACAUUGAAGGUUCUGUACUGUAAAGUUCAGGACACGGGACUGUAUGUGUGUGCAGCAUCCAAUGCUCUUGGAAACACUCUCAGUGCCGUUCAUCUGUCAGUCAAAGGCACACACGUGCGAUUUAAGCAUCCGUUAAAAGAUGUGGAGGCAAGGGAGAGGAAUGUUGCUGUUCUGGAAUGCGAGGUUCCGGAUGAGUCAGCCCCAGCCACGUGGUACCGUGAGGAUCAUAAACUGAUGCCCAGCAGCAAAUAUGGGAUUGAGCAACAAGGUACUCGGCGAAGACUCACCAUUCAAGAUUUGGAAAUGGAUGAUGAUGGAGUGUAUCUCUGCGAGAUGCCAGAUGGGGCAAAAAGCAUAGCAGAGCUGUCGGUAAAAGGUAAAAUCAUACGUAAACUUCCACGGAAGGUGGAGGUGUUCGAAGGUGAGAAUGCUGCGUUCUGUGUGGAAGUGGAGGAUGAAGAUAUGGAGAUUCAUUGGUUCAGAAAUGGGCUGAAACUACACGAGACACACCAGACAAUCCUCAAGUGUUUUGGGAAAACUCAUAUUCUGGUUUUUGUUAACGUGACCCACCAAGACUCAGGGGUGGUGACUUUUGUUACAGGAAGAUCCAAGACUUCCUCUCGUCUUAAAGUAAGAGCCAUGAGGCACUCUCCACCAACCUGUCCAGCUGAAGUCAAAAUGGAUCUGGAUGGCCCAAAUGGCAUCCUGCUUUCCUGGGUUCCUGCACCGUACAAUCAGACGACUCGCUCAAUUUUUGUGAUAGAAAGAAAGGAAGCGAGCUCACAAGAGUGGCAGAAAUGCUUUACCUCUGAAAACGCCACCUCAGCUGAGAUCUACAGCGACAGUGUUCCACAUGAGGGAGACUACCACUUCAGAGUCUGCUGCAUCAACAAGUAUGGCCGCAGUGGCCAUGUAGAGUUUCCUAAAGCUGUCCAUCUGGUUCCGGGAACAAAAAUUUGCAGUCACCUUCGUGACCUGGAGGUCACAGAGGGAGAGGACGCUGUGUUUUCCAUCGUGUUGUCUGCCUCCGUAGUUGGUACCUGGUUUUUUAAUAGUGCCCAGCUGCAAGACGGUGGACGGUACUCCAUAAGACAGUCCAAAACAGAGCAUAUAUUAGUUAUCCAUAAAAGUCUCACUGCAGAGGAUAUGGCAGAGAUCACAUUUAUCGCCAAUGGCGUGCGGGACUCAGCUGUUCUCAAGGUUAAACCCGCAGUCAUAAAAUUCAGCCCUUUGCUGGAAUCUGACAGUAUGAAAAGGGUAGAGAUUGGUGACGUCAUUGUGUUGUACUGCGAGGUAUCUCACCCUUCAGCUAAAGUAAGGUGGUUCAAAGACGGUGAAGAGCUGCUGAUGAGCGAUGCAUUGAAUAUCCAAUCAGAUGGGAACAUGAGGAGAGUUGUGAUUCAGUCUGCUGAAAAACAUCAUGCUGGGGUUUAUACAUGUCAAACAUCAGGAGAUGUCAUCACAUUCAUGGUUGGAGUUGCAGGUCCUCCAGUGGAGUUCAGUCAAGCCCCUGAAGAAGACCUUCAUAAGACCAGCAUGGAGCUUGACCCUGUGGUGCUGCUCUGCCAUGUCUCACAGGAGGAUGCUCAAGUUGUGUGGUAUAAGGAUGGUUGUGAAAUUGAACCUAGUGACAACAUUACUCUGCAGGCAGAGGGAACGCUAAGGAGGCUGAUUAUCCGCUCUGCUAAAACCUCUGAUGCGGGGAGCUACCGCUGCAAAGUGGAAAACAACAGUAUGGAGUUCACAGUCAAUGUCAAAGAACCCCCAGUGAUGAUUGUGUACCCUAAAGACGACGUCGUGAUGGAGCAUUACAUUUCAGAGGACAUUCACAUGCAGUGUGAGUUGUCUCGCACAUGUGGGAAGGUGCAGUGGUUCAAGAACGGUGAGGAAGUGGAAGAGAGCAGCAAUAUCCAAUUGAUAAGCGAGGGACCCUACAGACGGUUGAGCAUUCUCCACAGCACAGAGGAGGAUGGGGGGGAGUACAUCUGCGAGACAAAUGGAGACUCUGUAUUCUUUCAGCUGAUUGUCACAGAACCUCCAGUGCGAAUCAUUUCCCCCACUGAAACGGAGCUUAAACUCACCCACUUGGCUUCCACUAAACUACAGCUAAACUGUGAGAUCUCACAUUCUGAUGCUAAUGUCAGAUGGUACAAAGACAACCUUGAGUUAGAGGAGGGUCCAAACCUCAUGCUGGAAGUCGAUGGGGCAAAACGGCGGCUGAUUAUACCUGUGGCCUCAGUGAAGGAUGCAGGAGAGUUUGUUUGUGACACUGAACAUGACUCUGUUGCCUUCAUGGUGACUAUUAUAGAGCCACCAGUGGUCCUUUCUCGUCCUAAAAACACACCAGGGAAGCUGGAGAUAUUUGCCGGGAAGACAAUUGUUCUGGAGGUUAUCGCAUCACGCCUCAAUGCAGAAGUGAAGUGGCUGUUAAAUGGCAAAGAAAUAGAGGAGAGCAAUUUUGUGACCAUCACAGAGAAUGGAUUACUCCAUCGUCUUGAAAUUCACUCUCCGUCUCCAUCGGAUUCUGGCACUUACAGCUGUGAUGCUGUAGAUGAUAGACUCGACUUCCAGGUCAGGAUUUUAGAACACCCAGUAAAUAUCUUAAGGAAAUCUGAGAUUGACACACAACUCAAGGUACUACGUUCCGAUGAUAUUGUUCUGGAAUGUGAGCUCUCCAGAGGCAAUGUCAAAACCAAAUGGUACAAGGAUGGCAAUCGAAUUGAGUGUGAUGGAAGAUUUUGUGAGGAGGAAGAAGGUGCUUUUCGAUCACUAGUUAUUCUCAAUGCUGAGCUUUGCGACUCUGGAGAGUACUUUAUGGAUGCAGGAGAUGAUAACAUCAGUUUCCAGGUUACAGUGCAAGAGCCCCCAGUGACCAUUGUGGGUAACUCCAAAGAUGCAGACUUCCAGGAGUUGGCAGCAGGGGAUGACCUAGUCCUGGCUUGUGAGGUUUCUUGCGCAAAUGCUCCUGUCCAAUGGUUCUGCAAUGAUCAGUUGCUUAUUAAUGACUCUCGCACCUUUAUUGAAUGCGACGGGACUCUGAGGAAAAUUAUUAUUUCAAAUGUUCAACCCUCGGAUUCUGGGAAGUACAUUUGUGACACAGUAGAUGACAAGAUGAUCAGUAUUGUCAGAAUUCCAGAGCCUCCAGUGACAUUCCUCAGUAAAGAAGAUGACAUUGUUGUGACUGCUUACGAGGCAGAAAGUGUGACCUUGACAAGCUUUGUGUCCAAGGAGAGUGCUCAGGUGCGCUGGCUCAAAGACUGGACACCAGUUGAAGGUGAGCGUUUUCAGGAACUUAUGGAAGGCCAUAGACGUGCCCUCACCAUCGGACCUUUAAGGCGCUCAGAUGCUGGCGAGUACACCUGCGAUGUCCACACUGACCAAAUUCACUUUAGCCUGCUGGUCAAAGAAAUGAGAAUAAAGUUUGUAAAACCACUGGAACACACUGUGGCCCACGCGGAUGGAAUGGUGACACUUCGCUGUGAAGUGUGCAAGCCCAAAGCAGACGUGCAGUGGUUGAGGAACGGUGUGGAGGUGGUUCCGAACAGGAGGUUCUCCAUUCGAGCAGAUGGCGUCGAGCGAUGUUUGACCAUACAUCGUUUGACAAGAGAGGAUUCUGGGGAAUAUGCCUGCGAGUCCAGAGAUGACCGCACAGUAGCAAAACUUAUAGUUAAGAUGCCCCGUGUGGUUGAGUUUCUCACUGAGCUUCAGAACACUACUGUGCUAGAAGGAGAAGAUGCUACUUUUAAGUGUGUCGUUUCACCUGAGGAUGUGCAGUUGGUCUGGUUCAUGGACAACGAAAUGAUCAAAUCAAGUGACCGUAUCCAGGUCGCACAGAAUGGUUUAUGUCACACAUUAGUGAUAAGAAAGUGCCAUGUGUUGGACUGUUCCCAAAUCACAGCUGAAGCUGAAGGAACAUCAAGCAAAGCAAGCCUCAGAGUACAAGAGGCUCAGGUUAUGUUUACAAAGAAAAUGGAACCUGUCAUGGCAGAAGAGUUUGGCGAUGCCACCCUAGAGACGGAGAUCAGCCUUGAGAUGGGCGAGGUGCAGUGGAUGAGACAGGGGGUGGUUAUCCAGCCUGGGCCCCGAUAUUCACUCAAUCAGAAUGAGUGUAAACGUAGUCUGACCAUUCACAAUUUAAAUCUGUCGGACCGUGGAACCUAUCGUUGCGAGACUCUGCAUGACAGGACCCAGGUCAAGCUAAAUGUAGAGCCCCGCAAAAUCUCAAUCCGUAAAAGCCUGACUGACCAGGAAACCUUAGAACGUGAGACGGCAUCCUUCGAGGUGGAGUUAUCUCACACUGACGUGGAGGGCAAUUGGCACAAGGACGGUAUCCGGGUGAAGCCAAACAACCAGUUUAGGGUGAGCACAAAUGGGCGACUUCAUGGCCUCACCCUUUCCAACCUCACACUUGAGGACACAGGCACCAUUGCCUUCUCUGCCGAAGGGGUACGCACAACUGCAAGGCUCACUGUUAAAGAGACUCCAGUUACCGUCCUAAAGGAGCUGGUUGAUAUCCGUGUAGAAGAAGAAUUUCCUGCCACUCUGGAAUGUGAAUUCUCUCGACAAAACAUUGAAGUCAAAUGGUUCAAGAGUGGGACUGAGCUGAAACCAGGCAAGAACUGUCGCAUCUAUUCCAUGGGGAGAAAGAAGUUCUGUCAGAUUCUACAGUGCUCUAUGAUGGACUCUGGCAUCUACACCUGUGAUGUGGGGGAAACCAGUACUUCCUGUUCAUUGGAGGUUUAUGAGCAUGAGCUGAAGAUACUGCAGGAUCUGGAGGACCUGUACAUAAAGGAGGAUCAGAACGCAGUCUUUAUGUGUGAGGUUUCCCUGGAAAAUGUGAUUGGAGAUUGGUAUAAGAAUGGCCAAAAGAUCCGGCCUACUAGCACCAUCAAGACUCGCACAGAAGGGACAAAACACUUCUUACUUAUGUGUAACGUCAAAGCUGAAGAUACUGGGGAAGUACGCUUUGUAAGCAGAGAUCUUGAAUCUAUAGCUUACCUUGAGGUAGAAGAACUCCCAGUAUUCAUUAUCAAACCAUUACGAGACAGGACAGCAUUGGAGAAACAUCGUGUCAUCCUGGAGUGUACUGUGUCCUCUGCUAACUGUAGCGCUACCUGGUACCGCGGCGAAGAGAGGCUUGUCCCCUCAGAUCGAGUAGAUCUCGUAGUCGACGGUUGCUCGCAUAAACUUUUAAUUCAGCAGGUAGCGGUGGAGGAUGAAGGCAUCUACAUGAUUGAGGUUGGGGAGCAUACAUCCCAAGCCAAGCUCAUGGUGGAAGCUCAAGAGCUUGUGGUGGUGCGGGAGCUAGACGACGUGGAUGUGACUGAGAAUGAACCAGCGGUCUUCCAAUGCGAGGUCUCCGUGGCUAUCAGCAGACCCCCUGUUUGGUCGCUGAAUGGAAAAAACAUACAGCCUGAUCCAUCGGUCCGCCUUGAGAACCACGGCACUUUGCACAAGCUCACACUGAAGCAAACCAGUGUGGACAUGAGUGGUGUAGUGAAGUUUAAUGUGGGCAAGGCAAAGAGCAGUGCCAAUCUAAAUGUGAGGGAAUGCAAAUGAUAGCAAACCGGAAUGAGGGUUUCUAUUUGUUGAGAUUUCUUUUUCUUUUUUUACAAUGAUAAAAAUUUAACUGCUUAAGAUAUAUUUGACAGUGAUACAAUGAAACAGAAGUGGGCACCAAGUAACAGUAGUAUAGACUGUAACAGGGUUAUGUGCAAGUAAUUUUUAAGUGUCAAGUUUCAUAAUCCAUUGAUUAUUUGUUCAGUAAGUUUUCAAUUCGAAAAUUUAAAAAAAAAAAAACUAAAAAAACACUCUAGCUGACUUUCAUUAGAAAUUGAUUAAAUUGAUUGGAAUGGUCACCAGUCACCACUUUAGCGGAUACAUACAGUAUAGACUAGCGCUGCAGCUAUCGAUUAUUUUAGUAGUCGAUUAAUCGAGGAACUAGUUAGUUCAAAUAAUCGAGUUAUCGGAUAAGGAACAUCAAAAAUUAAAAUACCUGAGCUGAGCCUCAAAUGGUAUUAAAAAAAAAAGAGGAUCUAUGUACAACAAAAGAACAAUAAGCUAACUUACAUUGCUAGCUUAAAUGCUAUAAAAUGGUAACAUUUUUUUUCAAUGCUCUUAACAAAAGUUUCAAACACCUAUUCCCACAAAAAAAAAACAGCUAAAUAUAUGUAUAAAUGAAAUUACGAUUGCAUUAAAAAACAUUAGCUAAAAAAAAAAAAAACUUAGCUUACGUUGGUCUUAACAGGGAGCAGUUGGAUUCAGCCAUGAAGCAGACCAGAGGGCAGUGUAUCCACCCUAAUCAAUAAAACUAAAUGCAAACAUUUUCAAAAUAAACCAAUUCAACGCCCCUAAACAAAAUAAGCAAUAAAAUUUAAUUCGAUAUUUUUGUCUAAUCAAAUACUCGAGUUAAUCGAUUAAUCGUUGCAGCACUAGUACAGACAACGGUUCAUAUUGAGCUCACAAUGACAUUACAAUGUGUUUUCCUAGACUUGUUGCAAUGGAAAUAAAUUGCUGAUGUAAACAGUCGAUGAUAUUAGUAGAAAUUGUCUAAAGUUAACAUACAAAGAAAACAAAAUGGUAAGUUAAUGUAUAUCACUGAAAUAAAAAUAAUACAAAGGAAAUUUGAGUAGACCUAUACACCCUGGAAUACUGUACUAGGAUGUGAUACAGCGGCAUGCUAUUGACUGUAAAAGCAUAUCUACACAAGUUCAUACAUAGCUAAUAUUCGAUCCCACUGAUACAUUCUACCAUGAUGAAUGAGCAAAACUUGACAAACAUCAUUGUUCAUUUAGCGUUUAUGGGGGGAAAGUCACUGUUACAUACUGUUCAUGUACUGUGUAACAUGGCAUGAUAAAACAGGUGAAAAAUUAGAUUACAUCUAUUAAAUCAUGAGUACAGUAACAUGGAUGUUCCAUAUAUUAAUAAUGACAUUUGUUUGCUUUGUUUCUGUGCAAAACAUGUGAACAAGUCUACUGAACGUGAGGUACAGUAGUGGCCUUGUAGUGACACUUUAGUUUUAUUGGCAAAGCCCAACAAAUAAAAGCAUCUUGGUGUGAGCACACCAAACAAAAUUUUUACUGUUAUAUGCCUAAAAGAGUAAGAUUCAUUUAAGUAAUUUGCUUACAUUUCUUAGUCAAAACUGACAUAAAUGGCUGAGCUGAUUAGCCAACGAUUAGCCAUAAGUGGGAACACGAAACGCAUCAGAGGACCCCUUGUGGUUCCCUCGUGGGCCAGGAAUUAAAGACAUCAGUAAUUAUUUGGAAAAAGAAAUUGUAGGUUGAUUGACAAGAUUUUCAAAAACAUACAGAAAUACUGAAAAAUAAAAUAACAUGAUGGGUUAAAAUGCAUCCCUGCUCUUUCUCUGUGGAGUCAUUGCAAAAGGCAAAUUCCACAUCCAUUCAUCUGUGUCUGUAUGAUUUUUGUCAUUUGCAUACAAGGAGGAUUAAAAACAGUCAAAGAGUCUUGCUGGGUGGCACACUGCUUUUUUAAACUCACCUGAAAUGACAAGUGACAUCCAGUUGGUCUUUCACUAUGUCACCCUGAAAGAAUGCACUAGGAUUCCUACUCACA